GUUACGGUCUUGACCGCCUCUAGUUCUAAUUUCUUAUUCAAAGAUCCUUUUUUUUUUUAUUAUUAUUAUUAAAUUUAAUAUAUGAGGACAGAUACUAGGAAUCUGUAGAUUCAUUUUCUGCAAAGCAACGCGACCCAGAUUGUAGUGUCCUUUGUUUUUCUCACUCUGACAGGAGAAGAACAAGAGGGCAUUGCAAUGGCAACUUGUGUACCUUCUGGAAGUGGCACACUGCAUUAUAGAUUGACAAACUGCAAAGGACAAAGCUGUGGAAGGACUGUUUGGGUUUCUGAUUUGCCUUCCAAGAGAUUCUUACCAAACAAUCUGUCGUGGUCUAAAGCGGUAUCCAAGGCCCUGCAGAUACACAGAUGUAGGUUUUCUGUACCUCCACUUGAUAAGAAUCGGAAACUCUUCAAAGUCAUUUCAUCAUGCAAAAAAGACAAUCCCACAAAAUACUUUGACUUUGCUGUCAUUGGGAGUGGAAUUGCUGGCCUCCGCUAUGCGCUUGAAGUUGCAAAAUAUGGAUCUGUUGCAGUGAUAACCAAGGCUGAGUCUCAUGAAUGCAACACUAAUUAUGCACAAGGUGGUGUUAGUGCUGUGCUAUGCCCUUCAGAUUCUGUGGAGAGUCACAUGAAGGAUACCAUUGUGGCCGGGGCAUAUCUUUGUGAUGAGGAAAGUGUCCGAGUUGUCUGUACCGAAGGACCUGAAAGAGUCAGAGAACUAAUUGCUAUGGGCACAUCUUUUGAUUAUGGGGAAGAUGGUAAUUUGCAUCUUAUGAGGGAGGGGGGUCAUUCACAUCGUAGGAUUGUUCAUGCUGCUGAUAUGACAGGAAGAGAGAUUGAACGUGCUCUACUGAAGGCAGUUGUUAACAAUCCGAAUAUUUUUGUGUUUGAGCACCAUUUUGCAAUAGAUCUUCUCACUUGUCAGGAUGGAUCUGAUAUAAUUUGUCUCGGUGUUGACACACUGAAUACUGAAACUCUAGAGGUGGUAAGAUUUCUUUCUAAGGUGACUUUACUUGCGUCAGGCGGAGCUGGACAUAUUUAUCCUAAAACUACAAAUCCUCUGGUAGCCACCGGAGAUGGAAUUGCCAUGGCACACCGGGCUCAAGCUGUGAUUUCCAACAUGGAGUUUGUGCAGUUCCAUCCAACUGCCUUAGCUGACGAAGGGCUUCCUAUUAAACCAACCAAGCCAAGGGAAAAUGCAUUUCUGAUAUCCGAAGCUGUCCGAGGUGACGGGGGUAUCCUUUAUAAUUUAGGCAUGGAAAGAUUCAUGCCCUUGUAUGAUGAGAGGGCAGAGCUUGCUCCAAGGGAUGUGGUGGCAAGAAGCAUAGACGACCAACUUAAAAAGCGCAAUGAGAAGUAUGUGCUCCUUGAUAUAAGUCACAAGCCCAAGGAGGAAAUUCUCUCACACUUUCCCAACAUUGCUUCUAUGUGUCUCCAGCAUGGUUUGGAUAUAACACAUCAUCCAAUUCCAGUUGUUCCAGCUGCUCAUUACAUGUGUGGAGGAGUUCGAGCCAGGCUCCAAGGAGAGACAAAUGUCCAAGGUCUCUAUGUAGCUGGUGAAGUAGCAUGCACAGGUUUGCAUGGAGCAAACAGACUUGCUAGCAACUCAUUGCUUGAGGCACUUGUUUUUGCACGAAGAGCCGUGCAACCCUCAGUUGAUCACAUGAAAAGUUCUAGCCUUGAUCUGACUGCAUCAAACAUGUGGCCUCGACCUGUUGUGCCUGUGUCACUUGGAAGUAAUGUCAAAGACAAAAUUUUAUCAAUGACAAAGGAACUGAGGAAAGAGCUGCAAUCUAUCAUGUGGUACUACGUGGGAAUUGUUAGGUCCACAAUGAGACUAGAGACUGCUGAGCAAAAGAUUGGUAAUUUAGAGGCCAAAUGGGAAGAGUACUUAUUUCAGCAUGGAUGGAAGCCUACAAUGGUGGUGCCUGAGAUUUGUGAAUUGAGAAACCUCUUUUGUUGUGCAAAGCUGGUAAUCAGCAGUGCCCUUUCUCGGCACGAGAGCCGAGGACUACAUUACACCAUUGAUUUUCCUCAUCUUGAGGAAAGUAAGAGACUUCCAACCAUCAUUUUUCCAAGUUCAUCUAUAAAUAGCACAUGGAGUUCUAGACAAUUACACAAGCAGCCCAUGUACCAGUGAGGUUCCAGUUUGUGGCAUUGCAUAUGAAUAGGGAGAGCUCAUUGAAAUCUAGUUAAGUUAAAUAAGCAUCUAAAGGGAAUGCCUAUUAGCUAGAAUCUAAUAUUCAUGAUGUCUAAUAUCUCCCCUCCCUUAUAGUUUUCUGAUUAUUUUCACUUAUUUUCUUUCAUUAACUAUAGCAAGAAAUAUGUUCACUCUAGGUAAUUUGGGUCAAUCUCCCUUCUAACAAGAUGUAUCAGUUUCAGAUUGUGAUCAAAUCUCAAAGAUUUGGAAUAUUUUACGGCCAAUAUUUAGGGAAUUAAAGUAUUUUAAAUGUAUAAAG